AUGAUAGAGACACCAAACAAUACGCAAAGGAACAACAACAACAACAAUAACGAGAGCAAUAAUUUUCAACACGUGUUGAGCACGGAAAGGCUCAAGAAUUUACUGUUAUUGAUCGCUUGCAUCGGAAUGUUAUUUAGGAUAUGUAUAGCCAUGUAUCAGCCUCAUUCUGGAAAAUCAAGUCCUCCCAUGUAUGGAGAUUUUGAAGCACAGAGGCAUUGGAUUGAGCUUACAAAACAUUUACCGAUAUCGGAAUGGUAUUUCUAUGAUCUGGAAUAUUGGGGAUUGGAUUAUCCUCCACUCACAGCUUUCCACCAUUACUUGAUGGGAAAGCUUAGUGAUCUAUUUGGAUUAUGUCAAGGAUGUUUUGAUUUUAUGUCCUCUCGAGGAAAUCAAUCCCAUCAAACAGUUAUGUUUAUGAGAGUGUCAGUGAUCCUUUCAGAUUUAGUGUUAUAUAUUCCUGCUUGCUUUUUAUUAUUGAUGGAAUUUAGAGAACGAUACAAAAAUUCCAUGUGGGAAUGUAUUUGGUUGAUAUGUUGCCCAUCACUCGUUCUCAUUGAUCAUGGCCAUUUCCAAUUUAACAACAUAUUUUUGGGAUUUUCUUUAUUUUCCAUAUAUUUCCUCGCACAAUUUCAAAAGAAUGAUAACAACUUAUUCAGUUUGAGCUUGGCAUGCAUCUCAUUUGUUUGUACGAUUUGUUACAAGCAAAUGGCUCUGUAUUAUUCUCUCUCCUUCUUCUUCUUUAUUCUGGCGCAAAUCCUGAGCAGACCAAAAGCAUUUCUAGUGGUAAUACUAAGUGUUAUCACAACGUUUGGUGUAAUUUUUGCUCCAUUUCUCUUGCAGAAAGAUGGAUUGAAUGUAUUUUUACAAGUUAUUCACAGAAUGUUUCCUUUUAAGAGAGGACUUUUCGAGGACAAGGUCGCUAGUUUUUGGUGUUCGACAUCAAUACUCAUCAAAUGGAAUCAACUUUUCAAUGAGAAGGCGCUUAUUAGACUGUCUACAAUAUCCACUCUCGUCGUUGCACUUCCUUCUUGCUUGCAUUUAUUCUACAAAGUUUGGUCAAAGAAAAGUUCAGUAUCUCCACAAUAUUUGCAGAGUUUAUUCUUCAUUAAUUUAGCCAUUGUAUCCUUCUCCUUUUAUUUGUUUUCCUUCCAGGUGCACGAAAAGACCAUUUUGCUUCCCUUACUUCCUUGCUUGCUUAUUUAUAUUCAGAACAUUCAAAAGCUAUCAUUAUCUUCAUUGAUUCCUUUUUUAAAUAUUGUCUCUUGCUUUAGCAUGUAUCCAUUAUUUAUUAAGGACAAUCUGAAAUUAGCAUACAUUCUUGUACAAAUUUUAUCAAUCAUGAUGAGCUAUGUGAAUUUUGGAAAACUCGGAAAAUUAUGGAAGAUUGUGGUGGUAUUGAGCUUGACAGGAAUGGUAGUGAUCCAUUUAGUGAUGCAUUUUGCAACACCUCCACAUAGAUAUCCAGACUUAUUCGUAUUGAUGUGCACAACUUUUAGUUUUGCACACUUCAUCAUGUUUACAUGUUUGUUGUACUUUGUGCAGUUUUUCAAACUUGACACCAAGAUUGACUAG